AUGCUGUUGCUGCUACUGCUGCUGCUGCCUCUGCUGCUGCUGCGAACAGGGUCUCAGCUGGUUCCACGAUACUGGCUGACAGUGCAGGAUUCUGUGGAGGUGCUGGAGGGCGCGCAUGUCAGCGUGCUCUGCGACUUCUUCUACCCCCGGGGAGGCUGGGAUAAAAAUACCCCAGCUUAUGGCUACUGGUUCCGGGAAGGAGCGACGGAACAGCGGGAUGCUCCCGUGGCCACAAACAACCUAGACCGUGAUGUGCAGGAGGAGACCCAGGGCCGAUUCCGUCUCCUAGGGGACCCCAAGAAUUACAAGUGCUCCCUGGACAUUAGAGACGCGCGUAGAAACGACACGGGCACCUACUUCUUUAGGGUGGAGAGAGGAAAGACUGUGAAAUACAGUUACAAAAGAAAACAGCUUUCUGUGUGUGUGACGGGUAAGGCAUGGGGGACCCUAGAAUCUGGCCACCCCAGGAAAAUUACGUGUUCAGUGUCAUGGGCCUGUGAGAGGGGGACGCCCCCCACCUUCUCCUGGAUCGGGGUCAACCUCACGCUCCUGGGUCCCAGGACUCCCCGCUCCUCCGUGGUCACCCUCACCCCUGGGCCCCAGCACCACGACACCAACCUGACCUGUCGAGUGACCUUCCACAGUGGCGUGAGCACAGAGAGGACCAUCCGGCUCAACGUGUCCUAUGCCCCCCAGGACUUGACCAUCAAGGUGUUCCGGAAAGAAGGUGCAGGGAGACCAGGACCCAGGACAGGUGUGGUUCAGGGGGCCACUGGGGGAGCUGGUGUCGUAGCCCUGUUUGCUCUCUGCCUCUGCGUCAUCUUCUUCUUAGUGAAGAUCCACAGAAGGAAGUCGACGGAGAAGGCAGAGGGCCAGCGUGGUGUCUCUGGGAGUCACCUGAAGGAAUCCCCAUCAGACAGCCGCUCAAGUCCCCCACCCCCAGCUGUGGCCGCUUCCACCCCAGAGAAGGACCAGGAGCUCCAUUACGCCUCUCUCAGCUUCCACGGGCUGAAGCCACCCAACCGUCAGGACCAGGAGGCCACCGAGUACAGUGAGAUCAAGAUCAGGAAAUGA